UGUACCAACUCAAUAACUCUUGGUCUUGACUCACUCUCUGACUCUUCUUGGUUCGACCCCACCUACUCCAUAUUACUGUCCAAAUAAUGUAAAACCACGGGACCACUUUGCUAACUCUUUAUCCACAUCGCUCACACCUUCCAAUCACCAUCACCAAAACAAAACUCAGGUACUAUUUAUGUACUUUCAACCAAAUAAAAGGACUAGUUAUAAAAAUACAAUAACACGUUUCAUGUGACCCUGUGACGAUUAAAACUAAAUUAUUUAUACAAAUUCUCUAUCUCAUCAAUCUGCCAUCUGCCCCAAUCUCAUUAUCCCUCAAAUCUCUGUUUCUGUUUCCCCAAAUUCAGAUCCAAAAAUGAACGAUGCAGAUGUUUCAAAGCAGAUUCAGCAGAUGGUCAGAUUCAUCCGUCAAGAAGCGGAUGAAAAGGCCAACGAGAUCUCAGUUUCCGCUGAGGAAGAAUUUAACAUUGAGAAAUUGCAAUUAGUGGAGGCAGAGAAAAAGAAGAUCCGACAGGAAUACGAACGCAAACAGAAGCAAGUUGAAGUUCGAAAGAAAAUCGAAUAUUCCAUGCAACUGAAUGCUUCUCGGAUCAAGGUUCUUCAAGCACAAGAUGACUUGGUUAGUGCCAUGAGAGAAGCAGCAUCAAAUGAUCUGUUGAAUGUGAGCCAUCCGAAGUUUCAACACCAUCAUAAUUAUGAAGGACUGUUGAAAUCUCUAAUCGUACAGGGUUUACUCCGACUGAAAGAACCAUCGGUGUUGUUGCGUUGCCGGAAAGAAGACGAGCAUAUCGUUAAAUCUGUUCUUGAUGCAGCAAAGGCAGAAUAUGCUGAGAAAACAAGUGUUCAUGAACCUGAGAUCAUAGUUGACAGUAUCUACCUUCCAGCUGCCUCUUCUCCUGACGAUCCUCAUGCUCUUUCCUGCUCGGGAGGUGUGGUUCUGGCUUCUCGUGAUGGUAAAAUCGUGUUUGAAAACACGCUUGAUGCUCGUUUGGAUGUUAUAUUCCGUGGGAAACUUCCCGAGAUUCGCAGGCUAUUGUUUAGCCAGGUAGGCGCUUAAAAGAGGCUGGUGAUAUCUUGUAUCUAUGUUUCUAUCUAUCCGUUCCAAGCCUUGAAUAGAAGAGGAGCCAGAAUCGGAUGAUUUCAGAGGUCGUAAUCUUUGUUGUCGUCGUCAUUGUGUUUUAAAUAUUUAUGUUAUUGUGACCCUUUGCUUAGUGGACACAACUCAUUUGUUUGAAUAAAUAAACGUCGUGUCGCAUGUUACAUUCUUUUAAGAUAUAUUUUGUCACCUUUGUGAAAUGUAAUGUUAAAGACCUUGUUUGAACCCCUUAUAUGCUCGUAUGUUGCUUAAA